CCCUCUCCCUCCUUCUCUCUCUCUCUCUCUCUGCGCGCAAAGGUUUGCAGAAAACAGCGAUCAUCAUGCACGGUAGAGAAAUCCUGCACAAGAUGAAGGUGAAAGCCGGGUUAGGUUCAUGCUUGCCUGACACAGGAAAGGGUAAAAGCAGAGCUUCUAAGACCAUCACCCAUGGCUAUCACUUAAUGAAGGGAAAGUCGAAUCAUGCCAUGGAAGAUUACGUAGUUUCUGACUCCAAGCAAGUGGACUCAAAAGAGUUGGGUUUAUUUGCAAUAUUUGAUGGUCAUUUAGGCCACGAUGUUGCCAGUUACCUGCAAAUACAUCUGUUUGACAGUAUUUUGAAGCAGCCAGACUUCUGGACGGACACUGAGGCUGCAAUAAGGAGAGCCUAUCAUACAACAGACAAGGAAAUAUUAGAGAAAGCACUUGUCUUAGGAAAAGGAGGGUCAACUGCAGUGACGGUGAUACUGAUUGAUGGCCAGAGGUUGGUGGUGGCGAAUGUAGGAGAUUCUCGUGCUGUCAUAUGUGAGAACGGUGUAGCCAAACAACUAUCAGUUGAUCAUGAGCCAAGCAAGGAAAAAAGGUUGAUUGAAAGCCGAGGUGGAUUUGUAUCCAAUAUUCCUGGAGAUGUUCCACGAGUUGACGGGCAGCUGGCUGUAGCGAGGGCCUUUGGUGAUAAAAGUUUAAAGAUCCACCUGAGUUCUGAGCCGGAUGUUGCAGAGGAGAUGAUUGAUGAUAAAUCUGAAUUCAUCAUUCUGGCUAGUGAUGGUGUAUGGAAGGUGAUGUCCAAUCAGGAAGCAGUGGACUCUAUCAAAAACAUGAAGGAUGCUCAGUCGGCUGCUAGACAUCUGAUAGACGAAGCUCUUAAUAGGAACAGCAAGGACGACAUCUCUUGUAUAGUUGUGAAGUUGCAAUGAGGUUUGUGUUUGAUAAUCAAAUUGUUGGUAAUCUGUACGCGUGGACCGGAGACAUAGGUUGGCCUCAAUGUGUUACCACACCACUUGAAAAUGUGUCGCUUUUGGGCUGCACAGAU